AUGUCGUCGACUUCACUGCUGCGCAUUGCAGCUCGCGCUCAACCAUCCACCUUCUUUCGCGCCAAUGGCCUCCGUAGCCUGACUCCUCGCUGCUCCAAUGCAGUCUUCGCCGUGCCAGCUCUCAUCGUGACCUCUGGCUCAGCCAGCAGCUUUAGCACCAGCAGCAUCCGCCGCUCCGAUGAAGGAGGACACCACGAGGAGAGUUUCGAGGAGUUCACUGCCAGAUACGAGAAGGAGUUUGAUGCUGUGCAAGAUGUCUUUGAGCUUCAGCGAAACCUUAACAAUGCCUUUGCCUACGAUCUCGUCCCUUCGCCUUCCGUCCUUACUGCCGCCCUGAAGGCUGCGAGAAGAGUCAAUGACUUCCCAACAGCUGUGCGAAUCUUUGAGGGUAUCAAGGCGAAAGUCGAGAACCGUGGCCAGUACGAUCAAUAUCUUGAGGAGCUCAAGCCGCUCCGGGAAGAACUAGGUCUUAGCUUGAAGGAGGAGCUAUUCCCCGAGGCAGCGAAAUAA